CGCCAACGCUGCGGCACUCCGGCACGACCGUCCGUAACACACGCCCGCGCGCCACACGCAACUGCCACGCACGUUUCCCGCGCUUUACAACGGAAUCUGCUAAAUGUCUGCAUAUUGCUUGGAUGUAGAAACGUUUAUUAGUGAAGUGAAAAAAUACCCAGAAAUAUGGGAUUUGCACAGUGAAGAUAAUAGAUUCAAAAACAAAAAGCAACGGGCUUGGGCUGAGAUAGCGAGGGUUUUUAUUACUGAUUUUGAUGAUAUGCCAGACAUCGACAAAAUAGAUGUUUAUAGAAAACUACACGGCAAAUGGCGCAACAUACGGGACUCGUUCGUCAGACACGUCAAAAAGAAAGACGGCAAACGUGGCUACAUGUACGCAACGCAAUUGUCAUUCCUGAACGACAUCUACAAACCAGAGUGCAGCGAUGACGACAUAGACAACGACCCGUGGCCGAGCGACGCUGACGAUGGGCACAGAUUCAAAAAGAUAUCCUUGAAACGUAGACUGGACUUGCUGAGUGAAUCCAACAUUUGGAAUAGCGACUGCGAGGACGCUCCGCCCUCGACCAUAGAGAAUCUCAAACGAAAACGAGCCAGUAAAAACAAAAAACAUGACAUAGAGUACGUGGACACGCCCUAUGUAGACGCGAGCGGGUCUGCUUUCCAAAUAGAGGAUGAAGAUAGGUCCUUCUUUGAAUCCGUCCUACCGAUCGUGAGAGGGUUUGACGUCGAUCAGAAAUUAGAGUUCCGUAGUGAAAUAUUAGGAUUAAUAAAGAACAUUAGGUCGAAUAGUAUUAGAAAGUUUACGCUUGAUCCAAGUACAGGAGACUUUAAUGAUUAAAGGUUAAAUAUAGAUAAAACAUAAAUAGAUAGUCAAGCUAGAUAUAAAAUUCAUUCCAAUUUUGUUACAAUAAAA